CCGCUGGUAGCUCGGAGCGCCGGUCCUGUGGCGUCACACAGGCGCGACCGGGCCGGCGCCGGGGAAGGAGCCUGUUGAGGGAUGCCCAAGAAGUUCCAGGGCGAAAACACUAAGUCGGCAGCGGCCCGGGCGCGGAAGGCUGAGGCCCAGGCAGCCGCUGAUGCCCGGAAGCAGAAGGAGCUGGAGGAUGCCUACUGGAAGGACGAGGACAAGCACGUCAUGAGGAAGGAGCAGCGCAAGGAGGAGAAGGAGAAGCGGCGCCUGGAGCAGCUGGAGCGCAAGAAGGAGACGCAGCGGCUGCUGGAGGAGGAGGACUCCAAGCUCAAGGGCGGCCGGGCCCCGCGGGUGGCCGCGCCCUGCAAGGUCACGCGUGCCCAGAUCGAGGAGACGCUGCGCCGGGACCACCAGCACCGCGAGGCCCCUGACCCAGUGGAGAAAGCCCGGAGCCACCUGGAGGUGCCGCUGGAGGAGAACGUGAACCGCCGCGUGCCCGAGGAGGGCAGCGUGGAGGCGCGCACCAUCGAGGACGCCAUCGCCGUGCUCAGCGUGGCGGAGGAGGCAGCCGACAGGCACCCGGAGCGGCGCAUGCGCGCGGCCUUCACCGCCUUCGAGGAGGCGCAGCUGCCGCGGCUGAAGCGCGAGAACCCCAACAUGCGGCUGUCGCAGCUCAAGCAGCUGCUCAAGAAGGAGUGGCUGCGCUCUCCCGACAACCCAAUGAACCAGCGCUCCGCCGCCUUCAACGCCAAGUGACCGGCGCGGAGCCACCGCGCGCGCCAGCCGCAGCCUUCCCGCCCACUCCGGCCCGCACCGAGGGCCGCAGAGCCGGCCGCGGGCUCCCACCCCGGGCCUUGCGCCCCCAGGCCCCGCAGCACCCGCGGUUCCUGCUCCCGUGGGGGGGGGGGGCCCUGCUCCGAGUGCGUCCCGGGGCUGAGCGCCCAAUAAAGGCGUGGCGACGGG